GGCGGGCGCCGGUGCGCGGCUUCAGCGGCUCUCCGCGAGCGCGGUCCGCCAUGCCCUCCUGGGUCAUCGACCGCUACGGCCGCAACGAGGUGCUGCGCUUCACCAGGGAGAUGGCCUUCCCCGCCAUCCAGUUCCCCAACGAGGUCGUUGUUCAAGUGCACGCCGCCAGCCUGAACCCCAUAGACCUUAGCAUGAGAAGUGGUUAUGGUGCAACCGCGUUAAAUAUGAAGCGGGAUCCCCUGAAAAUCAAAAGCACGGAAACUGAAUUUCCACUAACGCUUGGUCGAGAUGUUUCUGGUGUUGUCAUGGAAUGUGGACUAAGUGUGUCUUAUUUCAAACCUGGAGAUGAGGUAUGGGCAGCAAUUCCUCCAUGGAAACAAGGCACUCUCUCAGAGUUUGUGGUAGCUAGUGCAAAUGAGGUGUCUUUUAAGCCAAAAUGUCUCAGUCACACAGAAGCUGCCUCCUUACCAUACGUAGGUCUUACGGCGUGGUCUGCCAUUAACAAAGUCGGAGGACUGAACCAAAGUAAUUGUAGCGGGAAAAGAGUUUUGAUACUAGGAGCUUCAGGAGGAGUCGGUACAUUUGCUGUACAGCUAGUGAAGGCCUGGGGUGCUCACGUGACAGCAGUGUGUUCUCACGAUGCUAGCACGCUGAUGAAAAAGCUUGGAGCAGAUGAUGUGAUUGAUUACAAAUCUGGCAAUUUGGAAGAGCAGCUUAAAACAUUACCCUUAUUUGAUUUCAUCCUAGAUAAUGUCGGUGGAUCCACUGAGAAGUGGGCUCUCGAUAUCCUGAAGAAAUGGUCAGGAGCAACAUAUGUUACCUUAGUGACACCUUUCUUGAUCAACAUGGACAAACUUGGAGUAGCUGAUGGCAUGUUGCAAACAGGAGUCACCAUUGGUUCCAAAACUGUAAAGCACCUCCUUAAAGGAGUCCAUUAUCGGUGGGCAUUCUUUAUGCCAAGUGGCCCAAGUUUGGAUGAAAUAGCAGAACUAGUUGAUUCGGGAAAGAUUCAACCAGUUAUUGACCAAGUCUUCCCUUUUUCUGAAGUUCCCAAGGCCUUUCUGAAAUUGGAAGAAGGACAUGCACGUGGAAAAACGGUGAUCAAUGUUGUUAAUAAAAAAUAAAGUAUCUGUAAUCAUUGUA